UUAUUUCAAAAAACAGUGAGGAAUAUCGGAUCUGAAGGCUGGUUUCCCGUCCUUGAGCGUUUUUGUUGUUGCUUCGUAGAAGUUGAGGAAGUUUAUCUUUUGGCUCUCACUCAUUCAUGGUGAAAAUUGUGAGAUGAGUAGUCAAGCGGAUUCCGCGGUUUUGUCAAAAGACAUGUCGGAUCUGGAAGAAGACGAAGAUUUAGAGGUGUUUAGUAAGAAAUCAUUACUGUCAGAUGGGGACCGAAUGCCCAACUCGCCUAGCUCCAUGGUCAACCAUUACCAACUUGAUGAAGAUGAUGAACAGCAGACUGGAGGCAUAAAAGACUUGUUUGUUACUGUUGACAGUCCAGAAAGUCAUGUAACUGCUAUUGAGACAUUCAUCAUGUACAGAGUUGUGACCAAGACUACAAGGAGUGAGUUUGACUCAUGUGAAUAUGAAGUGCUCCGACGCUAUCAGGACUUUGUCUGGCUACGAAGCAGACUGGAAGAAACCCAUCCGACCAUCGUUGUUCAUCCCCUCCCAGAGAAGUUUGUGAUGAAAGGCAUGGUGGAGCGCUUCAGUAAUGAUUUCAUUGAGACCAGGAAGAAAGCAUUACAUCGCUUCCUCAACAAGAUCGCCAGCCAUCCCAUCCUGUCCUUUAACCAGCACUUUAAAAUUUUCCUAACUGCUCAGGAUUUCUCAUCUCAAAAGAAGCAGGGUCCAGGCUUCCUGAGUCGAAUGGGUGACACUGUACGAGCAGUAGCCAACUCUGUGUGGGGCAUCAAGAGCCGUCCAGAAGAGUUCACACAUAUGCAGGAAUAUGUUGAUAACUUUGGCGGAAAAAUCUCAUCCAUUGACAAAGUUUCACAGAGGAUCAUCAAGGAACAGCGAGAAUAUAUGGAUGAGCUAAAACAGUAUGGACCCCUCUAUAGCCAAUGGGCAGAGGUAGAAGAAGAACUGCAUGACCCACUAAAACACGUGGCCAACUGUGUGGAGCAGUGCACCAAAGAAACUGAAAAGCAGAUUGACCAUCUCUCUGAGGUUUUGGUCCCUGCUCUUCAUGAGUAUGUGCUCUGUACUGAGGUACUAAAGACUGUGCUGAAACGGAGAGACAAUAUCCAAGCUGAGUUUGAGACCAAAAAUGAGGCUCUUACAUCCAAAAGACCAGACCAAGAAGUUAGUCAGCUGGAGAGAGAAGUAGAUGCGCUGGCAGAUAAAAUGGAAUUUGCGAACAAUGCGCUGAAGGGAGAUUGGAUCAACUGGCAAAACGGUACAAGAGAUGACCUCAAGUCAGCCUUUAUCUCAACUGCUGAGAAGAAUAUAGAAUGCUAUGAAAAGUGCCUUGCGGUGUGGGAAUCAUUCCUCUUGUCUCAAAAAAGGGAUCCCAUUGAACAUCAAGAUGAAGAAACCUCAUAAAAUGUGAAGCUGAUUGUUUUUUUUUGUUUUGUUUUGUUUUUUUGUCGUGAAUGGCCCCUUUAAAAAAUAACACACAAAAACAUUGUUUAUGUAAUGUGUGUGUCAUAUGUAUCAAACAACUGCUGAAUAUGUAAACCAUUAUUUAAAUUUAAAAAAAAAAAAAAAAAAAAAAAAAAAAAAUCAAAUAUCUCUGAUGGCGCUUAAAAUGGAUUUUCAUCACAAAAACAAAUUAGAUUGAAAUACAGUAACAUCGUUUUGCAUGACCAAAAUGCAUUUUUUGCUAUAUUUGUUCUAUAUUGUAAUUGGUUAUACUGGAAUUUUUAUUUUGCUUAGCGACACUAUUGAAGUCUCAUUGUAAAAAUAAAAAAAAUAUAUUAAAAAAACUACUUUCCUAAUGCAAGUCCCCAAUGCCAGAUUUGCUCAGCUACUUACCGAAAGGGGUUUCAGCAGAAUAAAGCUAACACAAUGUCAUGUCAACCUUCCCUGGCCUACAUUGUUUACAAUAUCUAUUUUUCAUUGUUAUGAGGAAAGAACUGACAAACCGUGUUAAAGUUUAAACUCUGAGUUUCGUAGUUAAGAUCAUUUGACUUGUAAUGACACUAAGCAGCACUUUUUCCAUUGUUCAAAUACUUUGUACCAUCUGACACGCAUGACUUGAAUUGCUGAAAAAUGAUUAUUAAAUGAUUA